CACUAGUGCUUCAGCCUCGACCUCGUUUCACUAAUCUGCAAUUGUUCGCAUCGUCAUCUCCAAGAUAGAUCUCAGCAAGAAGGAGAGAAACAUCCUUGGCUAUCAACUUAACGGUCUACUCCCUAAGGAUCCAGGCCACCGAAGAACAAUUUUCGAAUAUGCUACUGCCUUCGACAAGACUACUGCUCGUCAGCUUUAUCUGCGCAGUAAUGGGGGCAUACUGAACCCACUUAUAGCUGUUAUAUAUGGUAAUCUCGUCGGCGCCUUUGACGAUUAUGUAGGUGGAUCUGUCGAAAAACGUCAAAUGCGCUCAAAACUCGACAAAUAUACACUGUACUACGUGUAUUUAGCCAUCGCUAUCUUUGUCGUGAUCUACGUGUCAACGGUCGAGUUCUACUAUUCUGGCAAACGCAUCAUACGUGCCCUUCGAAAUGCAUAUCUGAAGGCAAUCUUGCGCCAGAACAUGGCUUAUUUCGACACCCACAGCCCCGGCGAGAUAUCCACCCGUAUUAUGUCCGACAUGAAUCUCGUGCAGGAGGGAAUCACGAGCAAAGCAUCCAUUGCCUUGACCGCCUUCGCGACAUUUGCCACGGCGUUCGUUAUCAACUUCAUCAUGUACUGGAAGACAGCGCUAGUCCUCAGCCCAACCUUCGUUGCCAUGGUCGUCAUUGGUUCGUUCGGCGGCGCGUAUGUCGUAAAACAACACAAAAUAGUCAUGGCACAAAGCAGCCAGGCGUCUAGUCUCGCCGAAGAGGCAAUCGCCUCCAUGAGGCUCGUGUCGGCCUUUGGCAUCCAGGAGCACAUAGCCGGUAAGUAUUCCUCGUGUUUGACGAGCGCAAGACGGCCUGGUAUCAGAAGCCAGAAUGCGAUCGCGGGCAUGAUUGCCUGUUCCAACGCUGUGCCCUCUCUUGUGUAUGCUCUAACGUUCUGGGCUAGCUCUAUUUUCUUUGUUCGGGGCGAAGUAUCUGUGGCGGCGCUGACCACUACGGCACUGGUGGUGGUUAUCGGGGCCUUUGUUAUUGUCAGAAUCGACCCUGCAGCACAAGCUCUUAGUUCAACAGUUUCGAGUGCAGAGAUUUCUCUCGAGGAGAUCGCCCGACGCUCUACACAGGACCCUUUCGCGAGCUCGGGGGACUGUUCCGCUACCGUAAAAGGAGAUGUUGAAUUUCGAGGUGUCAGUCUCAUCUAUCCUUCGCGAGAUAACCGAAUCGUCCUGCACAAGGUGUCGUUUGCGUGUCCUGCAAUGAAAAUAACGGCCAUUUUAGGGGUUUCGGGCAGUGGAAAGAGCAGCAUUGUCGCUUUGAUAGAGAGAUUUUAUGAGUCAACAGCAGGCAAGGUUUGCCUGGACAGGAAGGAUAUCCAAUCACUUAAUCUUAGUUGGCUCAGAGGCCAGAUGGCUCUCGUUGGACAAGAGCCUAGACUUUUCGACGCAACCAUCUUUGAGAACAUCCGGUAUGGAGAACUUAGCCGCAGGGAGAAGGCGAUACAAGAAAGCCCGGAAGAAAUCAGAGAACGAGUUAUUUCAGCGGCAAGAAAAGCGAAUGCCGAUGAUUUCAUCACAGCCCUCCCGGAAGGCUACCAGACUCAGGUUGGACAGAAGGGAUUCCAGCUCGCUGGGGGCCAACGGCAGCGGAUUUCCAUUGCCAGAGCCUUGAUCAGGAACCUCUCAAUUCUGUUGCUGGACGAGGCCAUCUCCGCAUUGGACUCCAAGUCAGAAGCUACAGUACAAGUAGCUAUUGAGGAAGCAGCACGGCAGCAUACAACAAUCAUUAUUGCCCAUCGGUUGAGUACAAUCCGCCACUCCGACAACAUCAUCGUCAUGUCUGAAGGGCGAGUGGCAGAGCAGGGUACUCAUGACGAUAUAGUCGCCCGGGAUGGUCACUACCCCAGCCUGGUUCGUGCACAGCAGAUAUAUUCUGGCUCCUCGGAAGGCAAAUUGGCCAGCAGCAACGAUAGUCAUGAAGGAAUCGAAGAGGCAGAGGCCCAUAGUCAUGGCAAGGAUGCCCUUGUGCAAGACCUAAAUGAGAAGCAACCUCCCGACGUGUCAAACUUCGAAAAGAAGAUCGAAAGCUUGGGCUUGACCAGGACUUUGGCCUUCAACGUCAAGCAUAACAGCAAGGAGUAUCCACUCUUGAUUCUGGGGCUAUGCUGUUCCAUCAUUGCCGGCUUAGCGAUUCCGGGGCAAUCGGUAAUAUUUGCAAAAGUGCUAGAGACUCUGUCACUCCAUUCGUUGAGGUACCAUCAACUCAGAAACGACAUUGAUCUGUACGCUGGUCUAUUCUUGAUGGUGGCAGGGGUUGCCUUUCUAUCCUGGCUAGGAGCCGGGGUAGCAUUUGCCUAUUCCACCGAGAAACUAUCCCACCGCCUACGAGACCGCUGCUUUAUAUCAAUCAUGUCACAAGACGUUGCUUCUUCGCUGUUCAAGCCUUGCGAUCUCACCCGCCUUCUCCUGUAUACGUUGCGUACGCGCAAUAUCCUCUUCUGUCUGACUCAGAUUUGACUGGCCUCUUUUUCGUGUUAACACCGCAUAUGCUGGGCUUGAACCAAGGGCAGAUGUGUCUACCCCCGGCGUUUCAAGUAAACGACUCCGAAAGCUAGAACUCUCGCUGAUAACAGAUGAAGUGUCAUUAACUUGACUGGAGCUGCGCAUAUGCGCUGCAUGAACAAGCUGACUAUCGAAGGGAUUCUGGGGAUUCCAGUGCCUCGAGGGGUCCUGUCGCCGACGCUCUGCAUGCUUUAGAUGCUUCGCUCGUUGACGCUGAUUUUGCCUGCUCAUCUUUCCCUCUUGAGAGGUAUUACGCCAGCUUUGGGCUAUCGCAUGCUCUUUCUGAAUAAAGUGUUUAUGAG